AUGGAAUUUUAUUUAUUGAAACUGGAAUAUGUGAAAACACAGGUGUUUAGUGAAUUUGAGAACAUGCAGAUAGUAAUUGAUGAAAAUUACAUUGAUUUUCUUAUCAAAUUAUUUUUACUGCAUUAUGAUGUGAAAUCAACUAAAGAGUUGUAUGAUGUGAGAAUAGAUGAUAUUUUUCAGAAAUGUUUGGAAUACAUGAAAGAUAAAAGUUGUACGUCAAUUGCUGUGAAAUUAGCAUAUUAUUUUGAAAUUAAUUUCAAGAAAAAAAAAGACGUAUUUGCAACAUAUCGCAGUAAAAUUAAAGAAAAGUUAAUGCCACUGACAAGGGAUUUAUUGAAUACUUAUGGCACUCAAAGUAAAAUGGAAAAAAAUAAUUUGUUUAUUAAAAUAUGUAACUAUAUUGCCUUGAACUGUGGAUUGGAUGAUCCAACCAGUUCUCAGGCACUUCAUGAAACUACAAUGGCAUUGGAGUCAGUUUUCCCCGUUAAUGAUAUACAAUUAUUUUGCACUCAGAGCAGGAAAGAGCGUUUACUUAUACUUCAAGAACUCACUCAAUUAGUUUCUGGAAUUAAAUUAUUCAAUAAGGAUAUGGGAAAAGGCGGAAAAAGCAUUAUAGAUAUAAAUGAAGUGAUCAAUAAUUCAAUUAGAGCAUGCACACUUGAUCUACAAUCUGCUUUAUUAGAAGUAAUGGAUAAUGUGAACUUGUUUACAUCAGCAUUAGUGAACUGUUUCCAAAACAAUGAGUUUAAAUCUGAAGGAUGUGAACCUAUUGAUAAAAAUAAAAUUUUAAAAUUGUUACAAGAUAAGCCAGUAUUAACAGAUGCAGAUAGAUUAGAAUUGUCGGCGAAUGAAAAAGUUAUUGUUAAAAAAUGUUUUAUAUCCCGCAUUGUAGAUAUUGCUGAUGUUUGCCAGCAAGAAAAUUUUACUUUGCAAGUAUCACAAGAGAAUGCUAAAUAUAAUUAG